GGUGUCUGGAAUCUAGAGUGGAAGAGAGAGAUUUGCGGGCCUCGAAAAUUUUAACAGGGCUUAAGGCAGUGAGCCCAGGUAUGUCGGGUUCUGUAACGUCUCCUCUGCUAAGCCUGACAAGCCGAGCAGGGGCAGUAGUCGCAGCUCCGAACCUUUCAAUUCAAAAUCCUUGUAAUCCCAAUCAUUUGUUAAUAGUUUCCUUAUCUUCCUCAGACCCAUCUCUCAGAAUCGGCUAUAAAAGAAACCCCCUUCCUCUUUCUUUCCCAACUCUUACUGCCCGUUUCAACUCUUCUUCGUCUUCAUCUUUUUCUGUUGUUGCCAACGCCUCCGCAGUUCCUUCGACGAAGAUGGCUGACGUCACUGAUUCCGCUAUGGAUGCCGUUCAGAGGCGCCUCAUGUUUGAGGAUGAAUGCAUUUUGGUGGAUGAGAAUGAUAAAGUUGUAGGACAUGAUUCAAAGUAUAAUUGUCAUUUAAUGGAAAAGAUCGAGUCUGAGAAUUUGCUCCAUCGGGCAUUCAGUGUCUUUUUGUUCAACUCGAAGUAUGAAUUGUUGCUUCAGCAACGCUCUGCUACAAAGGUUACAUUUCCCUUAGUUUGGACAAACACCUGUUGUAGCCAUCCUCUGUAUCGUGAAUCGGAGCUGAUCGUGGAAAACCACCUUGGAGUACGUAAUGCUGCUCAAAGGAAAUUAUUCGAUGAAUUGGGCAUCGCUGCCUCUGAUGUACCUGUGGAUGACUUCACCCCCCUAGGGAGGAUACUGUACAAAGCUCCAUCCGAUGGAAAAUGGGGAGAACAUGAACUUGACUACCUUCUCUUCAUUGUAAGAGACGUUGAUGUGAAUCCCAACCCUGAUGAAGUUGCUGAUGUUCGUUAUGUUAAUCGUGAUGAGCUGAAGGAGCUUUUGCGGAAAGCAGAUGCAGGUGAGGAAGGGCUGAAGCUGUCCCCCUGGUUCCGGCUUGUGGUGGACAACUUUCUGUUCAAAUGGUGGGAUCAUGUUGAGAAGGGGACCCUGGAGCAAGCAGUGGACAUGGAGAAAAUACAUAAGCUCACUUAGAGGUUGAUUAUCUAUAACAGUAUCUUCCUUUAAAAAAACGACUGGCCGGUGGGCUCAGCAAGUUCUCUUUCUAAUC